UAUUGAGCGGCGCGGCGCGGUGGCGCCCGCGGAAGCGCCCGAGAAGGCGGGAGGAAGCCGGCUGCGGGCUGCGCGCGGGGCGGCGGGGCGGCGCGAAGCCAGGUCUCGGGGCUGGGCCCGCAGCAUGCGCGCGGCCUGGGAAUGAACUUCGCGGCCGGCCGCCGCGCGCUCCGCUGGCUGCCGCGGCCUGGGACCCGGCCGCUGACCCGCGCCGCCAUGGAGGUGGCCCUCCGGGGCGCGCGGAAGAUCCUCUGUGUGGCCGAGAAGAACGACGCUGCCAAGGGCAUCGCCGACCUGCUGGCCGGCGGCCGCGUGCGGCGGAGGGAAGGACUUUCUAGAUUCAACAAGAUCUAUGAAUUUGAUUACCAUCUGCUGGGUCAGGACGUUACUAUGAUAAUGACGUCGGUUUCGGGACACUUGCUGGCUCACGAUUUCCAGAUGCAGUUUCGCAAAUGGCAGAGCUGCAAUCCUCUGGUGCUCUUUGAAGCAGACAUUGAAAAGUACUGCCCAGAGAAUUUUGUGGACAUCAAGAAAACUCUGGAGCGAGAGGUGCGGCAGUGCCAGGCCCUGGUGAUUUGGACCGACUGUGACAGAGAAGGUGAAAACAUCGGGUUCGAGAUCAUCCACGUGUGCCGGGCUGUGAAGCCCGACCUGCCGGUGCUGCGAGCCCGUUUCUCCGAGAUCACCUCCCGGGCCGUCCAGGCGGCCUGUGAGAACCUCACGGAGCCUGACCAGCGAGUGAGCGACGCCGUGGACGUGAGGCAGGAGCUGGACCUGCGCAUCGGAGCCGCCUUCACCAGGUUCCAGACGCUGCGGCUGCAGAAGGUCUUUCCCGAGGUGCUGGCAGAGCAGCUCGUCAGCUACGGCAGCUGCCAGUUCCCGACGCUGGGGUUCGUGGUGGAGAGGUUCAAAGCCAUUCAGGCCUUUGUGCCCGAGGUCUUCCACAAGAUCCGAGUGACACACGACCACAGGGACGGCGUGGUGGAGUUCAGCUGGAAGCGGCACCGUCUCUUUAGCCACACGGCUUGUCUCGUCCUCUACCAGCUGUGCAUGGAGGACCCCAGGGCGACCGUGGUGGAGGUCAGGUCCAAGGCAAGGAGCAAGUGGAGGCCUCAGGCUUUGGACACUGUGGAGCUGGAGAAGCUGGCCUCGCGGAAGUUGAGAAUAAACGCCAGGGAAACCAUGAGGAUCGCGGAGAAGCUCUACACUCAAGGGUACAUCAGUUAUCCGAGGACGGAAACAAACAUCUUCCCCAAAGGCUUGAACCUGACGGCCCUGGUGGAGCAGCAGACCUCAGACCCGCGCUGGGGGGCCUUUGCCCGGAGCAUCCUAGAGCAGGGCGGCCCCACCCCACGCAACGGGAACCAGUCCGACCAAGCCCACCCCCCGAUCCACCCCACCAAGUACACUGACAGCCUGCAGGGGGACGAGCAGCGGCUCUACGAGCUCAUCGUGCGCCACUUCCUGGCCUGCUGCUCGCGGGACGCGCAGGGCCAGGAGACCACCGUGGAGAUAGACAUCGCGCAGGAGCGCUUCGUGGCCCAUGGCCUGGUGAUUCUGGCCCGGAACUACCUGGACGUGUACCCCUACGACCACUGGAGCGACAAGAUCCUCCCCAGCUACGAGCGAGGCUCCCGCUUUCAGCCCAGCACCGUGGAGAUGGUGGACGGGGAGACCAGCCCGCCGCAGCUGCUCACCGAGGCCGACCUCAUCGCCCUCAUGGAGAAGCACGGCAUCGGUACCGACGCCACGCAUGCCGAGCACAUCGAGACCAUCAAGGCCCGGAUGUACGUCGGCCUCACGCCGGACAAGCGCUUUCUCCCCGGGCACCUGGGCAUGGGGCUCGUGGAAGGCUACGACGCCAUGGGCUACGAGAUGUCCAAGCCUGACCUGCGGGCCGAGCUGGAGGCCGACCUGAAGCUCAUCUGCGAGGGGAAGAAGGACAAGCUGCUGGUCCUGCGGCAGCAGGUGCAGAAGUACAAGCAGGUCUUCGUCGAGGCCGUGGCCAAGGCCGAGAAGUUGGACGAGGCCCUGUCCCAGUACUUCGGGGCAGGGGCAGAGGUGGCCCAGCCGGAAGCCCUCUACCCAGCCGUGUCAGAGCCCAUCAGGAAGUGCCCGCAGUGCGGCAAGGACAUGGUCCUCAAGACCAAGAAGGGCGGCGGGUUCUUCCUUAGCUGCACGGGGUUCCCGGAAUGCCGGUCAGCCGUGUGGUUCCCCAACACGGUGCUGGAGGCCAGCAGGGACGGGAGCGUGUGUCCAGUGUGCCAGCCGCACCCUGUUUACAGGUUGAAGUUGAAGUUGAAGCGCGGCAGCCUCCCCCCCACCAUGCCCCUGGAGUUCGUUGGCUGCGUCGGCGGAUGUGAUGAGACCCUGCGGGAGGUCUUGGACCUGAGGUUUUCCCGAGGGCCCCCCGGGCCUUCCCAGCCCGCCCACCAGCCCUCUGGCUACCUGCAGGCCAGCCAGGCCCUGAACAGGAUGGACAGCCGUCAGCACGGCCACCCCCGGCCUCCUGACACCAGGCAGGCCAGGCCCUCGAAGGCGCUGGCCGGCGGCCUGCCCCCACCCGCAGCGGACGAGCAAGGCAACUCGGUGACCUGCAACUGCGGCCAGGAGGCCCUGCUGCUCACCGUGCGGAAGGAGGGCCCCAACCAGGGCCGCCAGUUCUACAAGUGUGGCGGCGGUGGCUGCAGCUUCUUCCUGUGGGCCGACAGCAGCCGCCCAGCAGAAGGGGCGUCGCCUCCCUCGGCGUCCAGACCCCUGGGACGCCCGCCGGGCUCGGGGAACCCCCCCGGUGGGUCUGGCAGCCCCGGUGAUGCCAGCAGUGGCAGCGCGUCCUGCCUGUGCAGCCAGCCUGCGGUCACGCGCACUGUGCAGAAGGACGGGCCCAACAAGGGGCGCCAGUUCCACACGUGCGCCAAGCCCAGGGAGCAGCAGUGCGGCUUCUUCCAGUGGGUAGACGAGAACGUGGCCCCAGGGACUUUUGGAGGCCCCCCCUGGCCAGGAGGCAGCGGAGGAAGGCAGGGUCCCGAGCCCAGAAGCAAAAGAGCCCGGGCUGGGUCCUCGGACAGCGGGUCCGCGGCCAAGAAACCUCGGAAGUGCAGCCUCUGCCACCAGCCUGGACACACCCGUCCCUUCUGUCCUCAGAACAGAUGAGGACGGAUGCAGUCGAGAGGGCCCCUCCCCCGCUGCUCGUCUCGGGACACACGUUUCUCUGGGGCCAGAGGGUCCAUCGCUGCCCCGGAGGCUUCAAGGAAAGUGGCAGCUCUUGGAGUCUGGCCUGUGUGUAGGCGUCCGGAUCCAGACCGCUCUCGAGUAGGCCACCUCUGUCGGACCGUGGCUCUCUGUCUGGGGCUCAGGAACAGCCACGGCCGCUGCUGAGAAGCUGUGGAAGUGGCCCUGCACCGAUCCUACGGUGGCAGUGGUGUUAGUGCAUUGGCAGGAGUCGGGGGCCCUGCAGCUGAGCCUCUAGCGCAGGCCCUGGACUGCGCUGGAAAGGGUGGGAGGCCAGGGAGUGGCUCCUGUUCUGAAGCGGUGUCUGUAGAAAGCGCUUUUCUUUAUCCAGAAGCUGCUGCAGCCGGGCCCGCCCACAGCUCACGUGCCUUAAUAAAGAUCGCUGCUCCGGACCCUGGUGGCGGAUGGCGUGGCAUCUGGCGGAUGCUGGCGGGAGGGAUGGGUACAGACGCCAGCGCCAGCCUCAUCCCUUCCUCCCAGCCCCCGUGAGCUGGCCCACCCAGCCCCACACUGUCUGCCGAGGUUGCCACACGUCUCAUCUGGCGUCGCAGGAACCCCCAGGGUCGACGGAGAGCUGUGCGGGCUGCUCCGUGGUUUAGUGGGCAAGCGGGCAUGGGCUGUGAGUGGCCCAGCAUCGCGUUGCUCAUGGAGGCGAGAGAACUGUCCUCAGCCCUCGGGACUCCUGGCUGGACGGCAGGAUGCUGGAAGUGUGGGGGCGUCGGGUCCAUGGCUGUGGCCGUGGCCCUGCCACCCGGUGGCCUGCUCUCUGCGGUUCUACCUGUUCUGAACGCUGCAUGUAAAGGGGCCACGCUGCCCGUGUCUGCCUCUCUCCCUGAGCGUUGCGUCUUCCGAGUCACCCUCGUGCCUUGUUCUGGCUGAGCUCGUGCCCCUGUGUGGGUGGCCCUGCUGUGUCACAGUUUGUCAGCUGGCGGACCCCUGGGUCCUUUCCACCUGCUGGCUCUUGGGAGCAGUGUUGCUCUAAACCUUUGUGUUCAGGGAUUUGGUGGUGGCGGUGGUGGUGAUUCUUGGGCAUCUGCCGCCAGGGGCGGAGGCGCUGGGUCGCUGUGAUUCUGCAUUUGCCCUUUCGAGGACCCACUAAGCCGUUUUCCACCACAGCCGCGCCAUCGUGCGUCCUCCCCUGCGGUCUGUGAGGGCCCCUGCGUCUCCACGUCCUCGCAAGCACUUGCUCUCCCGCUUAGCUCGUGGCCAUCCUCGGGGUGUGAGGCCGUGGCUCGCGGCUCUGCGUUUUCCUAGCCACCACCCACGGCAGGCAUCGUUUCAGUGCUUGCCGGGCCUUUCGUGCCUCUUUCGAGAAAUGCCUUUUCAGUCCUUCGCCUGGUUCCAGUGGGCUGUUGGUGCUUUUGUGUUGAGUUGUCGGAUGCUAGCACGUUCGUGGAUCUCCGUCUACCCAGGCCAGCAGCGUUCGGAGUAGUGAGAACUUGAUCCCUGCCCUGCAGACCAGACUGUGCAGCGACUAGGAGAGCCCGUCUGGCCCCCACGCGCCCCUGGGCACCGCCCAGCUUCCCUGCCAGGUGGCGCCCAACCCCCGUGGGAAGCCGGAGGCGAAGGCAGCCCCUGUCCACCCCCCCCCCCCCCGGGAAAGGGGGCCCUGCUGACUCUGAGUGCCAGGCCUGCUGUGCCCGCGUCAGAUGCCGGCUGUCAGGACACUGAGCAGGGGCCCACGCUGCCCUUGGGGUGAACCAGCCGUCUCCCUUCAGGCCUUCAGACUCGGGGGUCCUUGCAGGGUCUGAGCUCAGCUGGCGGCAGGAGGGGCUGUAACGCCUGGCAGCCGUUUCUGCAGAGGGCAGUGUUCGUGUGGUGGGGGAAGGGAUGCUGGGUCAGUCUGGAAAGUUCGCUGGCUGUCAACACACAGGCAUGUGAGCCUGAGGCCUCGGGGCGCUGACCUGCUGUCUCAGGAAAUGGGCAGCAUCACAGAGGACCUGUGCUGGCCUUGGGGACACCCUGGGAUCCUGUCACCCCAGUUCCAGUGUCCUGUCCUUGAUAAACUAAGUGCAACCAAA